AUGACAGAAAGCCUCUACCCCGAUACGACGUCCAUCGGUGUCGAGCCGGUUCGCGCUCCGCUGCCGCAUGCAUUUCAACACUCGAGGAACUUCCACGCACAAGUCAACGGCGGCAAUUUUGGCGGCGCGCAAGAGGACGAUGGUCAGAUAAGCUGCUUCUGUGGAUACUCGGACGACGAUGGCAAUACUGUUGCUUGCGACCUCUGCAAUCGAUGGCAACACACCAUUUGCUAUUACCCAGAGUACGAGGGCCGAGAUUUACCGGACGAGUUACAGCAUUUCUGCAUCGAUUGUCGGCCGCGACCUGUUGAUACAUUUUUGGCUCGGAAACGUCAGCAGGCUAGAGUAGAACAACAGGACCCAUAUGGCUCUAUCAGGCGACAGGCGUCCAAGAGUCACAAGAAGAAGAUCAAGGACGCCGUUGGUUCGCCAUUCGCGAACGGUUGGCCUCUGGACAAAGUGCGACACGAUCGCAACAGUGCCAGUCCAAGAGAUCUGCCACCACCCGCGAAACGACCAAAGACAAGUCAUCGUCCAUCGGAUCAAGUAACAGGCCCGACCAAAGGUCACUCUCGCAAGCGCACUGUCACAAAUACGCAGGGUCGCAGUGCGUCACGCUCACCUGAAUCUCCCAUCAGCUUGUACUCCGAGGCAUUCCUACGCUGCUACCAAGAUGAUGAUUGGGUCUAUAGCGAUGCUAACGUUAUGGAAGACCUGGACGUCACGAACUCCUUGAGCCGUUGGCUGCUGGAACCUGACGACAAGUUUUAUGGAGCAGUCGGUCAUUAUAAAGCUGAGGUACUUAGUAGAUGGGAUCGUGAUAUCGACGACAUACCGAAGCCUGCCUUGGUAGUACAGGAGCACCAUGACCCGACAGUCCGCGACCAAGAUGGAAACUUUCCUGCGUGGAAGGUCUUGACGGUCCAAGAUCCUGUUGCGGAUACUGGGUUCAUUGGCGAGCUUCGCGGUCGCAUUGGCUUCAAGGAGCACUACAGAGCAGAUCCCUCUAACCGCUGGCAAACCUUGCGACAUCCUGAACCAUUCGUUUUCUUUCACACCAAACUACCCCUCUACAUCGACGCUCGAAACGAAGGCACAGAUCUUCGGUUCGUGCGCCGAAGCUGCACUCCAAACUCGAAGAUCCAGGUUCUUAUCACCAAUGGCACGGACUAUCAUUUCUGCUUCAUGGCUACGAAACCGAUCGAGCCUGGUGAUGAGAUCUCGAUCGGGUGGGACACUUCGGACAGUUUGUUUGGACGCGCGGGCGGUGUCGAGUCAAUGACAUCGGUUUCGCAACAGGAGAUGGGACAGCUGUCGCAAUGGAUAUCUAUAAUUCUUGCCAAUUGUGGUCCUUGUGCAUGCCAACAAUCACCCAGCCACUGCUUACUAGGGCGUCUUGAUAAACGCUUCUCGAUCGCUACGCUUGAUGGAGACGAGGCGCAGCCGGCGAAGAUGCCGAAGGUAAAGAAGAAGAAGGCUCGUCACAAUAUGUCACCAUCCGAGACGCAUGCAUUCAACAGCCGAUCGGGCAGCGAAGCACGAAAGGUCGACGCGGACGACGAACCCACUGACUCGCGGUCUGCGUCUGGAUCUGCCGGGCGAAACUCAGCCAGUCGCGACAACACGCCCAAUACGCAUUACUCGGCGAGUGGCUCGUUGUCGACCAUGCCUGAACUAUCCGAGCGUGAACGCAGGAAGGUCGCCAAGGAAGAAGAGAUGUUCAGACGGCAAGAGGAGGAGCAGAGUGGCAAGCAGAACAAGAAGAAGAGGCAUAGCGCCGGUUCGACAGCGACGACACCUGGUCCUUCCUCAAUCAAGCACGUCAAUGGGCAGACCUUCCCAUUAAAGUACGCUGAUGCUGGUACCUCGCGGCAGGCGGGACUGCCGACUGCGCGGUCCCUGAGUGGUAGGCCACCGAAGAGCGGGACACAAAAACCAAGCACGAAGACUUUGGUCAAGACAAUGGCCCGACCUGCACCGAGUUAUGUCGACUCGGGAACCCAAUGCGACAUGGAUCAAGAGGACACUCAUAGACGAGAAGCCGAGUAUGCGGUAGCACCACGCUGGAAAUACAUUUCUCUUACGCAGAGGCUGCUCAAACGAUGCGCUACCAACAACGUCGUGCAGAAGAAAGCAGCGUCAAGCAUGUCGCCAGCACCCAAAAGCGCAGAAGGUAAUGAGGGUAACGCCGCCAAAGGCUCGAAGUCUAGUACGCCGGAAGAGGUUAUGAGGCCUUCUCGUGGCACGACCGCAAGUAACGGAGCUGUCGCUCAAGACAUUGACACGUCAGACGCUUCACCAGGUGACAUGGACCACGCGUUUCCACCCAUCUCGGAGCUGAAGCCGCCUCUUGGCCUGCCAUACAAGGACAGCUUGAAAGAACCUCACAGCUUCGUCGAGCCGCCUGCGCCUCCAUGGCAGCCGCAGGAGCAGGAAUAUUUGGCCUCACACGAUAUCAAAAGCGAGCUGCAUCACAAUCUACACAAGCCGGAGAUGCAUGUCGCGAUGCCACCUCCAACUCAUGUUUUUGGCAGCACGUCGAACGGCAGCAACGGCACUUUCGCACAGUCUCCUGCCGGUCUGACACCUUCAGCAUCACUGUUCCCGCCUGGGGUGACCGCGGCCGUUAAUCCCAGUCCUGCUCGCAAGAAGAUGAGUUUGAGCGAGUAUCGACAGAGGAAGAAUAAAGACCGCGAGAGUGAGAGCAAAGGCGACCGAGAGAGCUCACCGGCUUCAGUUGCCUCCGGACCCAUCGCACCAUCACUCCUGCAUCCUUCCUCUGAAGCAGGUGUGAAUCACAGCCAGGCAAUCGAGGACGAUGUCGAGAUGAAAGAUAGUGCCAGUGUUGGAGCUGGCUGA